AAAAAUAAUGAAUAGUACACUUGUUCAUGUGGACUGCUGUCCUUGUUAUGUGCCAUGAAUUUUGGCUUUUGACAACUUUCCUAUGAGCAUCUCAGGCAGACUCUCUGCGACAGAGAAAAGAAAACCUUGCCGGUAACAGCAACGACAGACGUUUGGUCAACACGGACAAUGGCAGCUGCGAGAGGACGCUCGAAUGUGCAGCCCGCAGGGCCUCUCAACAUGAAUCACUAUGCCACUAAGAAGAGUGUAUCAGAGAGUAUGCUGGAUGUGGCGCUGCUGAUGGCGAAUGCUUCUCAGUUGAAGGCCGUUGUGGAGCAGGGCCCUGAGUUCAAGUAUUUCCUUACUGUCAUCAUACUCAUCGCUGCUUCACUCUUCUUCCAAGUGCUUGCUGGGGUGCUUUUUAUUAACAUGGCACGCAAAAACCUCAAUGAAGUGGCCAAUCAGAGGAGUCUGGACAUAAUGAAUAACGUGGCCACUGCGCUGGUGUUUCUUACUGUCAUCAUAAACAUUUUCAUCACAGCGUUUGGUGUGCAAAAAACAGGUCUAUAUCCUGACUGACCAGUAAGCAGUCUCUACAGCAGCAUCAUAUGCAGAUGAUACAGGAUCUCCAGAACAAUAGCAGCUGUAAAAGUCCAGUAUAUGAACUACAGAGUAUCAUGAGACACUUAUUUCAGUCUUAAUUGUUAUGUUAAAGAAGAGGGAUAAUAUAUAAGUAUCUUUCCUUUAGUUUUGUUUUAAUGGCAUUUAAAUAAGGCUUAUGACUAAAAAAGUUAUUUAAAUCACAUUAAGAAAAACUAAAUUAAAUAACAUUACUUUGCAAUCAUAUAAAUAUUCAGUUGAUAUUAUGUCUUCUGUAUAACAAUAAUAAAUGUUUGUGAAACACCAUUGUGUACCAUUCAUUAAAUUAUCUCUGACAGCUCUUUUUGUCAUUUAAGUAUAUAUUAUUAAAGGGUCUGGAAAAUGUAUAAUAAAAACAGUUUUAUUGUAAUACAGUUACUUAAAUUGCAACUCAAGAGACUACUGUACAUACUUGUUGGAUUUGUAUGCUGAUUUAAGAAUGCACUACUGACCUCUAGUGGGAGAUUUAUGCAUUACACAAUACGAAAUAAAAAAAUAAUAAUUUGC